CGCAAGCGCGAGGCCCAGCACCACCGAGAACUGGCGGACCCCGUUGCUAGAGCGGCAGAUUGCGGCUUAAGCGUCUGAGAAAAUCUAGGCUGGGGUUGAGAGUCGGCAACAGUGGAACCUGGAGCCAGAGCCACCGCUUUCUGGUGUCGCGCCUUUCAACCCAGGGAGGGUAGGAAGCUUUCUGUUGCUCCGCAUAACUGUGGUCAGCUAAUAGCUGCUGUCUUCUCAAGAGCCCUUUAAGUAUAUUCGUUUUACUGAUGAAGAAACUAGGGCGUAGAAAGGUGAAAGUAACACAACCCUAAGGUCACACAAGAGAUGGAGCCAAGAUUGAAACCCAGGGCGUCUGAAGCAAGACUGGCACUCCCUGCAGCCCCUCAGUGUCAGCUCCUUAACUCUGUUAGCUUUCCUGCCGUGUUUCCCCCUUCAUGAAGCUUUUUCAGAUUACCGGGCAGAAGCCAUCAGUCCUUCCUUUAAACUUCCAUUUCAGGAUUUCUGGACAUUUCCUCCUUUUUUUAGUUCGUUUAUGGCCUCUCUAGGUGUGGAAGAUAACAAAGCCUUUCCGAGACAGUUGUCUUACGGAGUUGCUCGGAGAACGUAAAAUAAGAGGCCUAAGCAAUGCGUCCGAUGUACAGUUGUCGUGGAAUAACUGUCCCCGCUCAUUCGGCCGCUGUACCUCUGCUCCUUCAUUCGGCGCGUAGCUGGGUAUGAAUGAAAUUCCAGGCUUGUAGCACAGAGAAAACUUCUCUCCCACAAUUGGUUGGUGCUGGGGAGGAGCCUCCUGAUUGGUGGAAAGUCCGAGGAAGUGGGCAAGCCGGAGAGAUUUCGUGUACCUCAGGUGCCCUCACUCGGACCGGCCCCCUAUCAUUACGUAAUUUUCUACGACUCGCGGUAGCUCAGGCAGAGCGGGUUCCUGCAGCGGCGCGACCCUCUGACGUCUCCUCUUCUAAUUGGUCAAGAGCUGCGACUGCAGUUCUGAAGCCUAACUGGUUGCCCGUGCCGCCUCGGAGGUGAAGUGUACUGCGCUGAUUGGCUUCCAGGCGCCGGCCGCGUGUGAUGUCCCGGGCAACGAUUGGCUCUCGCCUACCGGGGGCUUCUCUCACCGGGACUCGGGACUCCCGUGAAGUGGACUGGCAGAGGAGGGGGUUAGCUAGCUGUCUCUGCGGACCAAGGAGGAGACCUCCGCACCCCCCGGUGUGAGGCGGCCUCACAGGGCCGGGUGGGCUGGCGAGCCGACUCGGCAGCGGAGGAGGCUGGGAGAAGUGUGUGGAACAGGACCCGGGACAGAGGAACCAUGGCUCCGCAGAACCUGAGCACCUUUUGCCUGUUGCUGCUGUACCUCAUCGGGGCCGUGAUUGCCGGACGAGAUUUCUAUAAGAUCUUGGGGGUGCCUCGAAGUGCCUCUAUAAAGGAUAUUAAAAAGGCCUAUAGGAAACUAGCCUUGCAGCUUCAUCCUGACCGGAACCCUGAUGAUCCACAAGCCCAGGAGAAAUUCCAGGAUCUGGGUGCUGCUUAUGAGGUUCUGUCAGAUAGUGAGAAACGGAAACAGUACGAUACUUAUGGUGAAGAGGGAUUAAAAGAUGGUCAUCAGAGCUCCCAUGGAGACAUUUUUUCACACUUCUUCGGGGAUUUUGGUUUCAUGUUUGGAGGAACCCCUCGUCAGCAAGACAGAAAUAUUCCAAGAGGAAGUGAUAUUAUUGUAGAUCUAGAAGUCACUUUGGAAGAAGUAUAUGCAGGAAAUUUUGUGGAAGUAGUUAGAAACAAACCUGUGGCAAGGCAGGCUCCUGGCAAACGGAAGUGCAAUUGUCGGCAAGAGAUGCGGACCACCCAGCUGGGCCCUGGGCGCUUCCAAAUGACCCAAGAGGUGGUCUGCGACGAAUGCCCUAAUGUCAAACUAGUGAAUGAAGAAAGAACGCUGGAAGUAGAAAUAGAGCCUGGGGUGAGAGACGGCAUGGAGUACCCCUUUAUUGGAGAAGGUGAGCCUCAUGUGGAUGGGGAGCCUGGAGAUUUACGGUUCCGAAUCAAAGUUGUCAAGCACCCAAUAUUUGAAAGGAGAGGAGAUGAUUUGUACACAAAUGUGACAAUCUCAUUAGUUGAGUCACUGGUUGGCUUUGAGAUGGAUAUUACUCACUUGGAUGGUCACAAGGUACAUAUUUCCCGGGAUAAGAUCACCAGGCCAGGAGCGAAGCUAUGGAAGAAAGGGGAAGGGCUCCCCAACUUUGACAACAACAAUAUCAAGGGCUCUUUGAUAAUCACUUUUGAUGUGGAUUUUCCAAAAGAACAGUUAACAGAGGAAGCAAGAGAAGGUAUCAAACAGCUACUGAAACAAGGGUCAGUGCAGAAGGUAUACAAUGGACUGCAAGGAUAUUAAGAGUGAAUAAAAUUGGACUUUGUUUAAAAUAAGUGAAUAAGCGAUAUUUAUUAUCUGCAGGGUUUUUUUGUGUGUGUUUUUGUUUUUAUUUUCAAUAUGCAAGUUUGGCUUAAUUUUUUUGUCUAAUGAUCAUCAUGAAAUGAAUAAGAGGGCUUAAGAAUUUGUCCAUUUGCAUUCAGAAAAGAAUGACCAGCAAAAGGUUUACUAAUACCUCUCCCUUUGGGGAUUUAAUGUCUGGUGCUGCCGCCUGAGUUUCAAGAAUUAAAGCUGCAAGAGGACUCCAGGAGCAAAAGAAACACAACAUAGAGGGUUGGAGUUGUUAGCAAUUUCAUUCAAAAUGCCAACUGGAGAAGUCUGUUUUUAAAUACAUUUUGUUGUUAUUUUUUUCAUGA